AGUAAAGUUUUCUCAGUCUUUGGGAAGUGGGCCAUCGGUCUGCAGCCGAGCUGCGAGCGAGGUGGGAUGACGACGCCUGCCGUGACAAAGGAGCAAGCAUGUCUGGCGGUCCGGUCAGGCAGCUCUCCCUGCAUCUGCCGCCUUCUACGGAGUCCCGUGGUCCGCUGAGGAAGCAGCGGUCAGUAGACGCCGACAGGCCUUGGACCUCGGCUGGUUGUAACUCGGGUCUGCGGGUUACUGCGAGCUCCAUCCUGACCGGUGGCCACUUCCCACAGGAAGCCGUCAUCACGAGGUCAACUUCAGGCCGCGGAGCAGUGGCACGCCCUCGUGCGGUCAAAGUGGCGUGGACCGACCACCGGCAGGAAGACAGCGAGAAUGUGGAAGUGGUAGUCAAGCGCUGCACGGGUCAGCCCAGGCCCGUCACCUGCAAACCCCACCUGCCGUCCAUCGGCUGCGACAAGGACACAAUUCUGUACACUCGCCAGCAACUCGCCGAGCGGCUAAGGCGAGCUUGGCUGGAACGGGAGCACAGCGGCCGAAGUCUGGACAUCUUCCUCGCCCACAGCAACCUGGAAUCGAAAGAGGAAGAGGAGGAGGACUCUUCAGCUGACACGAAACAGUCACCCUCACGUGUAGCUGAAGACAGAUCCCUAUCGGCAUCCAGAAACAGCGUUCGAUAUUCCAAAUGUGCAAAGAAGAACGCCUUUCCUUGUGCUCAAAAUAAUCUAAACAGUACCUUGUAUAUUUCAAAUGCUGUUGGGGUUUCAAAGAACACGCCCCUCAAGAAGAACAGUGCAGCAUUCCUAAGAACCAGCCUCUCUGCCCAACAAUGUGGGACAGGUGUUGGAAAAGGCGAAGGCGACGUGCUUCUGGCCAGAGCACCAGACGAGCAGGAACCAGUCGGUGCCCAUAACGCUGCAGGAGACACCCCGCAGAUUGAAGUGCAAGGCCUGCGUAGUUCGGGACUGGCUACAAUUGAGAUCACUUCCUCCAGUGCUUUUCGAAACGCGGACACCGCGGUUUCUUCAAAUGGCAAGGUCCAGAAUCACAAAAAUGUCGAAGUAAACAAAUCAGAAGUAAAUCCUAGUAACGAAUCCGCUGCAAGUUCUGACAAACGAAAUGUUGAAACUUUAGCACGAGACGUACCUCGGGCGAUUAAUUCCCAUUCGAGUUCACGCCUUUGUGACGCAGCAGAGGAACGCGAUCGCGGCACUGAAGCCGUCGAAGUUUUUUCUCCACGUGGGAAAGGGUCGUUUUCGGCGGAUUCCGUGAGGCCUGGCGAGGCCUCUGGAAAUCAGCGCACGGAAGAUGAGCAAGAACGCGACGUCAGAGCUAAUCGAGAAGAAACAAAGCAAAGCAAUGAAGUCUGUGUUGUGGCUGUCAGCGACAAAGAAAGCUGCAAACUUGUUCAGCCACCACGAGCCAGAGUUACGAGCACCGCUGACGUCACGCCCGCAACCGCACGCCGGGUUAACUAUCGCAACAGCCUUAAUAACACGAUUACCGGCAGUUUCUCAUCUGACAUUCCGCCGUCCACCAAGGUGUGUUCGUCCGCACCGGGUGUGUUCGUCCCUACCGGCUGCCGCAGUCACGAGGUCACCAGCAACCCGCGCCUUGUCGGCGACACCCGGAAGAAGCAUUCUGGUGCAGAGGAACAAGAGGCCUCCACUGCAGAGGGGCGUCGGUGUUGA